AUGUCCAGAUCCAAGAAACGACUGCCGCCGGUAGUCAAUUCUUGGCCGGUUCUCGGUGGGCUGCUGCGAUUCUUGAAGGGGCCAGUGGUGAUGCUGAGGGAAGAAUACCCAAAGCUUGGUAGCGUGUUCACUCUGAAAUUACUGAACAAGAAUAUCACUUUCUUGAUUGGUCCAGAGGUAUCGGCGCAUUUCUUCAAGGCGCCGGAGUCGGAUCUCAGCCAGCAAGAGGUUUACCAAUUCAAUGUGCCCACCUUUGGACCUGGGGUGGUGUUUGAUGUGGAUUAUUCCAUUAGGCAGGAACAAUUCAGGUUUUUCACUGAGGCCCUGAGAGUUAAUAAGCUCAAAGGUUAUGUGGACCAGAUGGUCGUGGAAGCUGAGGAGUACUUCUCCAAAUGGGGAAACAGUGGUGAAGUGGACUUAAAGUACGAAUUGGAGCAUCUAAUCAUACUGACAGCCAGCAGAUGUCUGUUAGGUGAAGAGGUUCGCAAUAAGCUCUUUGACGAUGUGUCUGCUCUUUUCCAUGACCUUGACAAUGGAAUGCUUCCCAUCAGUGUGAUAUUUCCAUAUCUGCCCAUCCCAGCACACAGUCGUCGUGAUCAAGCUCGCAAAAGGCUUGCUCAAAUUUUUGCCAACAUCAUAGCUUCUCGUAAACAAACUGGCAAGACAGAAAAUGAUAUGCUACAGUGUUUCAUAGAAUCCAAGUACAAAGAUGGACGCCAAACAACUGAGUCAGAAGUCACUGGCCUGCUCAUUGCUGCUCUUUUUGCUGGCCAGCACACAAGUUCCAUUACUUCCACCUGGACUGGAGCAUAUCUCCUUUGCAACCCAACAUACAUGUCAGCGGUGUUAGAGGAGCAGAAGAAUUUGACACAAAAGCAUGGAAACAAGGUCGAUCAUGAUAUUUUGUCGGAGAUGGAAGUCCUUCAUCGAUGCAUAAAAGAAGCUCUGAGACUCCACCCCCCUUUGAUAAUGCUUCUGCGUAGCUCACACUCAGAUUUCAGCGUGAAAACUCAGGAAGGCAUAGAAUACGACAUUCCCAAGGGACAUAUUGUGGCCACAUCACCCGCUUUCGCAAAUCGCCUUCCACACAUUUACAAAAAUCCAGAUAAAUAUGACCCUGAUAGGUUUGCUCCUGGUAGAGACGAGGGCAAGGUGGCAGGAGCUUUCUCCUAUAUAUCCUUUGGUGGUGGAAGACACGGUUGCCUAGGAGAGCCAUUUGCAUAUCUGCAAAUAAAAGCAAUUUGGAGCCAUUUGGUAAGGAAUUUUGAGAUGGAGCUAAUUUCACCUUUUCCAGAGAUUGACUGGAAUGCCAUGGUCGUGGGUGUGAAAGGAAAAGUCAUGGUACGGUACAAGCGCCGGGAGCUUCCCCUUAACUAA